GUCAGAGUAUCCCUCACAUAUUGAAGCGCCAGUACGCCCUUAGUCGGCCAUGAGCAAAUGAACAUUCCACUCCACUAAUCUAUUUUGGUGUCGAUGGCCUCUUCUCGCCGUCUCCCGCUAACGCCUCACCUCUGCCUCUUCUUCUCCCUUCUGACCUCCAAUCUCCUCUCCUCAUGCGCGUCGCAGAACCCCUCAAAGGAGAUUGGGAUCUCCCCUCGCGAGCUCUUGGAAUCGGCUCGAGAGCCCGAGUUCUUCGACUGGAUGACGAGCAUCCGCCGGAGGAUCCACCAGCACCCGGAGCUUGGCUUCGAGGAGUACAAGACCAGCGAGCUUAUCCGGUCGGAGCUCGAUGCCCUCGGGAUUGAAUACUCUUGGCCGGUCGCCAAGACCGGAAUCGUAGCUUCCGUCGGAUCCGGCGCUAGCCCUCUCUUCGCUCUCAGGGCAGACAUGGAUGCUCUCCCGUUGCAGGAGCUGGUAGACUGGGAGUACAGGAGCAAGCAAAGUGGAAAAAUGCAUGCCUGUGGUCAUGAUGCUCAUGUGACAAUGCUCCUAGGUGCUGCUAGGUUGCUUCAACAUCAUAAAAACAAAUUGAAGGGAACCGUGAAGCUCGUUUUCCAACCAGCCGAAGAGGGUCAAGCUGGUGCUUAUCACAUGUUGCAAGAGGGUGCUUUGGAGGAUGUGCAGGCCAUCUUUUGUAUCCAUGUUGAGCCUAGUCUUUCAACUGGAGCCAUUGCGUCAAGACCUGGACCUCUGCUUGCAGCAUCUGGUCGUUUUACAGCAACAAUUAAAGGAAAAGGUGGGCAUGCAGCUUUCCCGCACAAAACCAUAGAUCCAGUUCUUCCUGCAUCCUUUGCAAUCCUCAGCCUUCAACAACUCGUAUCUCGAGAGUCAGAUCCUCUUGAAAGUAGAGUUGUUUCAGUUGGGUUCAUAAGAGCUGGCGAAGCACCCAACGUUAUCCCAGAUUCCGUAACUUUUGGCGGCACUUUUCGAAGCAUGAAAACAGAAGGCUUCACAUACCUCUCAGAAAGGAUUAAAGAGGUUAUAGAGACACAGGCUGCUGUCCACCGUUGCACUGCUAUGGUAGAAUUCAUGGAGAACACACGCAUACCAUAUCCUGCAACUGUCAAUGAUGAAGGGAUGUAUGCCCAUGCAAAGAGGGUGGGGGAGGAUCUGGUCAGUGAAGCCAACGUCCGCCAUUGCCCACCAACUAUGGGAGCGGAGGACUUUAGCUUCUAUUCACAAAGGAUGCCUAGUGCUUUCUUCUGGCUUGGAAUUAAAAACGAAACUCUGGGAUCAACCUACCCAUUGCACUCUCCUUACUUUUUCUUUGAUGAGCAGGCACUACCAAUUGGAGCUGCCCUGCAUGCUGCUGUUGCCAUGGCUUACUUGGAUAAUCAUUCAACAGAAGUUUAAACUGUAAUGAAAAUUCGGAUAUACUUUCCAUUCAGAAUUCAAUAGCUUGUAGAAAUUAAAAUUUGCUAAUAGAUGUUGUUACUAGUAUCAUGUGGUCAUGGACUUAAAUCAGUUGUUAGGUUUGGGCAUAAUUCCUUUGUGCUCAUUAUCUCCUGUGCUGCAACUGGAACUUUACAAAAAUUGUGAUUCUUGCUACUAUAAUACUCCGUCCAUGAUCCUUGGUGAGUUC